AUGAUCGAAACCGCCGUCAUGAGUGGUAUUCCGGUCGCCGAGGAUAAUAUCAUCAACCGGCGUGGUGGUGAAUCAAUUUACCAGAGCUGCGUAAAUUUGAAAAGGCGGCUCUGGGAAGUGCCGACUUUUGAAACCUAUUUGGAGAAGAUGGAUGAAGAGGAUCGCGAGCGUGGAAACACCGACCCCGUGGCUUCACUGUGGAACUUCCUUCGAGACGGCUACCCCCUUCUGACUCUUUACAAUGCAUCAGCGCCAGAGGAGCCACUGGUUGUCGACCCGGCCAAAGUGCCAGAAGCGAAGCGGCCCAAAGCUGCCACCUUCAAGUUUCUACAGGCAUGUCUACAGGAACUGGCAUUCCCCCAGCAGGACUGUUUCUUAAUCACCGACCUUUACGGCGAGAGCACUACAGGAUUUAUCAAAGUGAUCAAGAUGGUCAAUCGUGUGGUGGAUAUCCUUGAAAUUCAAGGUCAACUGAAAACUCCCUCCGAAGUAGAGAAUGCUCCGACUAGUGUGGGAGAAGCCGUAAAGCUUACCAAGCGGGAGCAUAUUCUUAAGGAGCUUUUGGAAACCGAGCGUGACUAUGUCCACCAUUUACAGAACCUUCAGGCGCUCAAGAAGGAAUUGGAGGAGACUGGUGCUCUGACAGGUGACGCAAGUCAUCAGAUAUUCUUGAAUCUGAACAAUCUGCUUGACUUUGCCCAGCGGUUCUUGAUUCGGAUGGAACAGCACUAUGCUCUACCCGAGGAAAGUCAGAACUGGGGUCGUCUAUUCUCGUCGCACGAAGAUGCUUUCCGACAGUAUGAACCGUUCAUUGCGAACCAAAUGCGCUGCGACGAAGUUUGUAUCCAAGAGUGGGAUAAAAUCAAGAAUGCGCCACGUAGUUUGGACCUUCAGCAAAUGGUCGCUCAACCUAAAACCUUGAAUGGAUUCUUUGUCAAACCCUUCCAGCGUUUGACCAGAUACCCACUCAUGCUAUCGGAGCUUCGCAAACAACUGGAAGACGAGCAGCUUCAGGCUGAUAUCACAGGUGCCAUUGACUCAAUUCAGGUCACUCUUGACUCGGCAAACGAUGCUAUCCACAAGGAACACCUGGUUUCGGCAGUGGUAGAUUUGUCCGAGCGGGUUGAUGAUUGGAAGUCUUUGAAGAUGGAUUCUUUUGGAGAACUACUUCGUUUCGGUACCUUCGCGGUGGUCAAAGGCGACAGUGGCAAGGACAGCGAGAGAGAGUAUCAUAUUUUCUUGUUCGAGCGAAUCCUUCUAUGCUGCAAGGACAUAAACCCGAACAAGCAGAAGACCAAGCUUAUGAUGAACAAGGACAAGCCGGCUCUUACAGCUAAAGGAAAAGCUCGUCUCCAACUGAAGGGCCGAAUCUACAUGGCCAAUGUCACUGAUAUUGUCUGCCUUCAAAAGCCUGGCCUUUACCGCAUUCAAAUCUUUUGGAAGGGUGACCCAGGCGUGGUAGAUAACUUCAUUAUUCGUUACCAAAAUGAGAACACCAUGCGUAAUUGGUACAAGGACAUCGACACUCAACGGGCAAUUCAAUCGGAGCGACGCACCCUGCGAAAUACGGGCACCUCUGACAGCGAAUUCACCUAUUUGGAGGGCAUGACAAACAUACCGAAUCCAUACCAAGAGUACGAGGUCGACGAUGGAACGAAGGACCCGUCAUACUACUCCGAGUUCCCUAUGAGUCGCAAUGCGUCAAGUACCAGCUUGAGAACUCGGUCUGCCACCGGCGGUAGCACUGGAACGAAUGGUCGGCCCCGAUAUGCAGGCACUGAUCCGACGCUCUCGGUCCAUACUCAGUUCUCAGGUGCUGGCAACAUGUCUCCCACCGAUCGGAACAUGAGCUCAUACUUCUCCCCUGCAGAGACACCAUCCACGCGUUCUAGCUCCCAAUCGACUGGGUUCUCAUUCGGUCGUCAAAAUACCAAUUCUACCACUGCAUCCUCCGUCUGGAACGAAGAAAACCAACGAUAUACCGCGCCGCCACUGUCCCGGGCAACCUCAAGAGACGGCACCACCCCUACAGGAUUCUACCCCCCUCCACAGCCUAAUGGGCGUGGCAAUCAGCGUCCAUCUUUGCCGCCGCUCUCCGGACCGCAAGCGGCUGCCAACGGGGCUGCCCUGCGUAUGCGUUCCGCCAGUAGUCCUGAUAUCCACCACCAUAACAAUAUGCCACCCGAGUCUCGUCGAUAUAUGGGAGCCCACACAAUGCAGACUGUUGAUAAUGUCCCUGUGCCACCGAUCCCUGCGCACAUGGCCAACAUGAAGGCCCCGGUUAACCGAAGCCAAAAUAGCUCCCCCACCAACAGCCAACUCCCGAUGCGUUCCCAGCCGCAUCACGUUCACCCGACACAUUUCACUGAGCCAGAGUAUAAUGAAGCCUACAACUCGGGGCAGGUCUCCGAACAGGCCACAUCUCCCUUGAGCCAAGAGCCCGACGGGGAUCCAUUGGAUCCAUUCAUGCCUACCCAACUGAAGGCCAAGGUCAACUUUGACGACAACUACGUUACGCUAGUGAUUGCAACUAAUAUUCUUUUCCGGUCGUUGACGGACCGUGUGGAUGCCAAGCUGGCUCGGUUUACAAAUCGAUCCAUAGGCAAUAAAACCGUUCGUCUGCGCUACCGCGAUGAAGAUGGAGAUUUUGUCACCAUUGACAGUGAUGAGGCUGUUCAGCUCGCCUUUAUGGAAUGGCGCGAGCAACACCGGGACAUGCUAGCGAAGGGGUUGGUUGGUGAGAUCCAAUUGUACUGUCAAGUGGUUGACUAG